AUGCACAGCGAAACGAAGCAAGCAGUCCUCCAUAGCGUGCAGAAGACAUUACUUUCUCUACACUCGGAAGUCUUUGCGGACAUGCUGAGGCUGCCUGUCCCCCCAGAGGCCCAGAUGUACGAAAGAGUACCAUUGGAUCAGCUCCCUGACACCGCAGAACAAGUGGAAACUAUGUUGGAUUGUCUUUACAAGCCCAACUCUUUGCAUCAGGUGAUGGAUACCACGAAGUACGCGAUUUCGGACAUCCGGGAAGUCGCGGUGGACAAGUUGGAGACGCAGUGGCCUAUUGCGUUGGAAGAAUGGACUGCACUCGACAGGCAUAAAGAACGCUUACACUCAGAGCGGCUCCACGCUUUGCAUGGGACGUUGAUGACCGUGACGAUACUUAGUCAAAUCCCGGAGGUUGCGUCGGCCAUACGGCUCGCAAGGGAUUUCGACGUGCCCUCUAUCCUCCGGGCCACUUUCUAUGAAGCGUCUCUGAUCAAUCCUGUCCACGACUGGGACACCUGGUAA